AGCCUAGCUAAGCAUCUCACCAGCUAAUUAGCCGUUCUUCUCCCCUGAUUCGGGUAAUUGGCUUGAUAAUAUGAUGGCCAUGAAGAGGCUUUCUUUCUCCUUGUUCCUCCUCCCGUUCUUGCUCCUCGCGUUCGUCUACUCCCUCUUCUUCCCCGGCUACUUCAGUAUCCUGCCAUCUCUCGCCGCCAGGUGCAGCAACAGCGUGGCGGCGACGCCGGCGAACGCGACGGGGCCGGCGGUGGAUCUGCGCGUGCUCCUCGGCGUGGUCACCCGGGCCGAGAUGUACGAGCGGCGCGCGCUGCUCCGCCUGGCGUACGCGCUCCAGCCGGCGCCCGCGCGCGCCGUCGUCGACGUCCGGUUCUUCGUGUGCAGCCUCGCCAGGGAGGAGGACGCCGUGCUGGUGUCGCUCGAGAUCAUCGCCCACGGCGACGUCGUGGUGCUCAACUGCACGGAGAACAUGGACGACGGCAAGACGCACUCCUACUUCUCGUCCCUCCCGGCGCUGUUCGCCGACGCGCCGUACGACUACGUCGGCAAGAUCGACGACGACUCGUACUACCGCCUGGCGUCGCUCGCCGACACGCUCCGCGACAAGCCGCGGCGCGACCUGUACCACGGGUUCCCGGCGCCGUGCCACGCCGACCCGAGGUCGCAGUUCAUGUCGGGCAUGGGGUACAUCGUGUCGUGGGACGUGGCGGCGUGGGUGGCGGCGACGGAGGCGCUGCGGGGCGACGUGAAGGGGCCCGAGGACGAGGUGUUCGGCCGGUGGCUGCGCCGCGGCGGCAAGGGGAGUAACAGGUACGGCGAGGAGACGCGGAUGUACGACUACCUCGACGGCGGGAUGCGGGAGGGGGUGAACUGCUUCCGCCACGCGCUCGUGGCGGACACCGUCGUCGUGCACAAGCUCAAGGACCGCCUCAAGUGGGCGCGCACGCUCAAAUUCUUCAACGCCACACAGGGGCUUAAGCCUUCCAAGCUGUACCAUGUAGACCUGUGAAAAUUAAGGGGAAAA